UUGUACAGAACUUUGUCAUCUCAUCACCUCACUUCAAAAUCUUUACUUCUUUCAGCUAAGCUGAGAAAGGUCCUUUUUAUUCCCUGUGAGGUUAUUGGGUGGUUGGUUCUGACAUUUAGUACCAAAGGCUCAGUUUCAAAAUUAUGUGUUCAGUAACGUGUCAAAUAAAUUAAAUGAGAAUGCAUGAAUAUUACAAAAAGAGUACUUGGAACUCUUAGUAUUAAAACCAUGCAAAUUUUAAUAGUUUAAUUCACAAUAUAAACAGUGAAAAAUGCAAAUUUUGGAAAAAUUAUGAAGGAAGAUGAAAGUAAGAGUUGGGCUCUGAAGUAGGGAGGGUAGGAAAAAAUAUAUGGGAUGAAGCUGGGAAAGAAGUUUUGUCCAAAGCUUGUUGAAAUAGAGUGCACCCUGAUACUGAUGAGUUGAUGGGCUUUCUCUCUUCAAUGCAUGACCAAGGGAUUUCUGUGUCUAGCCCUAAGUGUCUUCAAAUGGUGAAGAAGGGAUUGUGGCAAAACAGUAACUCAAGUCCCACCCCUCUGGCACAGCCCACAUCCCACCCUCAGGCUCCGUGGGUCACGGUGUGCUGGUGUUCCUAUCUCUGCCUUGUUCAACCCUCAUCACCCCUCCAGGUAUGAAAGAUAUGAAUAAGUCCUUUUCCCCUGGUACCAGAGACAUCUCUUCAUGCAGUGGCUCUACGGUAAUUUCAGUGGAGGCUUCAGUUUGUCCAUGUUCAAGUCAUCUCAAUGUGUUUGUUUCUUUUGUUUGGAAAACUACAGUUCUGCCGUGUGUGUAUUGCUGAUAAUUCACUGCUGCCUGGAAGGGCUAACAGCUGCAGUAGCUGUAAAGUAGGAUCCUCCACAGUGAAACACAGUGACUAAAAAUUAUGCUCCUAUUUGCUCCUUCAGACCCGUUCCUUUGGCUUAUGAGUCAAAACAAGACUUGUCUGGCUGUCAGGAUUGCAAACUCAGGCUGGCAACUGAAAACUGAGCUGUGUUCUCCUAGCAUCAUUAUCUACCCCCAGUUGUGGAAUUUGUACUUUGCUCUUAGCUUUGUUGAUGCUGGAGGCAAAAUUAUCCACUGUCAUGACAGUGACACCCCUUGUUAAGGAAAUGCUUUCAGCAGAAGGCACUAUUUUCAGAUUUCUCAAAAGUUAUCCUUUGUAUUCCCAUUUUUCAUGCUUAUCCUCAGCCCAGAGGUGAUUUUUUCCCUUGUGAAAAUGUAGCUGAGUGCUGACCAACUAUUAGUAAGAUAUUUUGGCUGUAGAUGAUGUAGGUUCUUCAGUUAGAGUUUUUAAAACAUUCUUUGCAGCUUCACAGUUCAUAAAUAGCUUGUUUUAAACCCUCAGAAUGCUGCCCAUCUUGUCCUUUGCAGUGAUGUUGAUUCCACAGUUUUUACAGAAAUCUGCCUGAGUGUCAGAAAAUCUAUAUAGGCCACACAAAUUGUGGGACAGUUCUUGAAGUUUUUAUUUGUUUAAUUUUGGGGUUUGUAUCCAAAGCAAAUCCUUGAAGGAGCCAGAUCCUGAGUUUUUUCUUGCCUAUCAGAGGUAUUGUGAGGCAGGUCUCAGGAGAAGGCAGUUGGAACAUUGCUCUGUAGGAGGGACAGAAGAGGAAUGAUUCAUACUCCUGCUUCGAGCAAGAAUAAGCAUGUUCCUCUGUGAGCAGUGCAAUGACAAAACAAGUUUCCUGUAGAUAUUUAUUUCACAUUACUAGGGACUUCCCAGAGCAAUAGUCUGUCUUGUCACUUCGGUUCUCUCCUCAAACCCUCCAUCCUAUUUGUGGCCCAGACACCUCCCACUGAUGUGCUGCGACCCUUGUAACAAUCCUCCGUUCCAUCCAGGAAGUGUCUGUUUCCUCCUUCCAGUCCCACAAACCCACACUGAUCCCACAGCUGUGCCCAGAUCUGUCAGGCACCAGGUAGGCAGGAGGUGGCAUUGCCAGCAGCAUGCCUGGAAAUACCCGUGUCUGGGGGGGGCCAUGGGGCAGCCCAAACUGCCUCCACCUGCUGUUGCACUGCUUUCUCCCUAAAACCCCAGGAGUGCAAAUCCAAGGAAACUUCUGCUCCCAUGAUGAACACGGCUUGAAUUUGCCAGGUGGUUCAAAAAUCAGUUGAGGGGAGUGGCAGAGGCAGGAUGAUGAUAUUGAUCAUGAUCUUCCUAAGAAAAUGUCCAAAAGCCAUCAGUGAGUUUUCUUUGUCUCCUAAACCGAACCUGAAAUGUUUUUUUCAUUCCAGAAAUCAGUCUGCACUAGGAAUGUGACUUUCACAUCCUUUCCAGGCAGCUGUGCUUUGCAGAGACAAAGGGUCACUGCAGCCCUGGCUGAGGGAUGCUUAAGGCUCCUUCAGCUCUGGCACACUUCAGACCCCGUUUGCAUUAUUUUUUCACUGACGCUGCAAUUCCAGCCUUGCUUUUUCUCCCGUUUCACAGCAGUUUGUACCUGUGUGCUGAUUCCCCUGUAAGGUUUAGAGGAAGUAUGGAAAAAAAUCCCAGUCAUCUUGAAUUCCUACCAGCUGGAUCCUGAUGUCCUCCCUGAGGCACAGUGCCACUGACCUGUGGUUGCCUGAAGAAUUAGGUAGAAGCUGGCUACAAAUGGGUUGCACACAGAAGUAUAUUGUGAAGAACUACUUCUACUACUACUUGUUCAAGUUUUCAGCUGCUUUGGGUGAAGAGGUUUUCUAUAUCACUUUCCUUCCAUUUAUGCACUGGAACAUUGAUCACUCUGUGUCUAGAAGAAUGACAAUUAUUUGGUGUAUUGUGAUGUACAUAGGCCAGGUCUCCAAGGACAUCCUGAAGUGGCCUCGGCCCCUCUCACCACCUGUCAUCAAGCUGGAAAUGAGGACGGUCGCAGAGUACGGGAUGCCUUCCACCCACGCCAUGGCAGCCACUGCCAUCUCCUUCUCCUUUUUCAGUGGCACCGUGAACCACUACAAGUAUCCAUUUGAACUAGGCCUGGCAGCAGCAUUUGUGUUCUCCACACUGGUGUGUCUCAGCAGGCUCUACACCGGGAUGCACACGGUGCUGGACGUGAUUGGUGGAGCGCUGAUUUCGGCCGUGCUGCUCGUGCUCUUGUAUCCCGCGUGGGACACAAUAGAUCACUUGCUAUUUACCAGUCCCUUCUCUCCACUGCUGUGCUUAGUUGUGCCUCUUGUCUUGUGUUACAACUACCCCAAACUAGACUAUUACAGCCCUACCAGGGGAGACACCACUAUAAUCUUAGGAGCGGGAGGUGGAGCAGCUGUGGGAUGUUGGUUAAAUAACCAGUGUGCCGCACCCGCCCACACCAGUGCAAAUUUUCAGCUUGGAUUUCCCCUGAUCACUAGUAAAGUGAUGCUGGUCAUGCUAGCCAGGUUCUUUGUAGGGAUGCUCGUCAUUCUACUGACUCGCUGGCUCAUGAAGAGUGUGGCCCUUGGCCUGCUGGGGUAUUGGUUCAAGUUUCCCAUUGGAGACCUGGAAGCCCAAAGACGGUUGGAAGUUGAAGUGCCGUAUAAAUUCAUAACGUACUCCUCAAUUGGCUUCAGUGCUACUGUGCUGGUGCCACUGCUGCACGAGCUGCUGGGACUGAUGUGAGUGCAGCACCUUCCUCAUAGAGCAAUGUGUGACCCCACUAUUUCAGAGAUGUGGUAAGUUGUCCUAGGCUGGUAACUUGACCAAAAAGUGUGUUGUGUGUUUCUGCACUGGCCUAAAAUACCCGCUUUGGAAGAGUCAUGGGAAUUGCUGUGCACAAAUAACUUAGAAAUCAUGGAACCCACCAUGUCCUGUAAUUAGAGACCCCUGGCUCAGACGGCUAAAGAUGACAAGCACAGAGUACAAAGCCAAAAUCCCUGCCAGAGCAGCAGCAGCGGCUGUUUUGCCAGGAGAAGGGGCCCGGGAAGGGCUCAUGUCUGGGGCACUCGGGAGUGAGGGGCUGGUGGGGUAGGGGAAGAAACGACCAGCUGAGGGAGCGCAGAGCUCUGCACCCUGCUGUCCCCUGGAGACCUGGGGCAAAGGGAGACUGGCUGAAGAUGGGAAGAUGAUGGGGAGCUGGAUGGAGGUGGGGGGUCUCCAAGGGCUGGCACCUUCCUGCUGUUGGGCUUCAGUGGGAGCAUCCUGCUGGCCAAGACAGCAGGUUUCUCCAGCAACCAGCGUUGGCAGAGAUUAGAUGGCCACACAUGGGUAUGGGUGUGUGUUUUCCUAAAGAAAUCUGAUGAUUGUUGUACUUAUUGCUUGUCAUUGGGUCUUCUGACAGCACAGCCAGACCUGGCUAGUUCUCUGUGUAUGGUUUUACCCACUGCAAUACUUAAAAAACAACCAACCAAAAAACCCACAAAAAACCCCCCCAAAAAAUAAAACAGAAAAAAGAAAAAUCCAACACAAAACACUUUAAGUGAUUUACAACAAAUUCAUCCUGAAUAGCAAUAAGAAAGCCUCCACUAAAAGAUCCUUUGCUUACAUACAGCUGAGCAAAGUUGUCAGCACAAUAUUGAGAUGUGAGUUCAACCUGUUUAACUGUAGUCUAGCUUCCUUGUCUAGGAGAUGGGACAAAGCCCUUCCUUCUAUUGUGCAGGGGCUUGGUGACAAGUAGUGUCCUUAAACCACAUUGUGGAAGGAGCUGAGUGGUGACUUGAGUGACUACAAUGUGUGGCAAUGACAAGAUGCCAUCAUUUUCUGGUGCUGCACAGCAUGACGGUUGGUCUUCCAUGCAUCUUGCAAUACCGUGCAUACACUUGUAGAAUAGCAGUGAGGAGUCUUCAUAGGAGGGCUGUUGCUACAACUCAGGCUGCUAUUUUAAAAAAAACCCUUAAGUGCUGCUGGACCAACGAGCUGUUGAGAAAACCAGUGGUGAAUGUGGUCUGCUUGUGUCCUGCUGGAAAGACAUAACAUGCUUUGAUUGCAGAGCUUCAAGCAUGGCCCCUGUGCCUUACCUGGCAGAAUGUGCAUAAAAGCACCAGCUUUUUUACUGUGUAUGCUUGUCUUCCUGGCUGCAGGAAAAAAAAUAAUCUGUAGAAUAUAAGGAAGUGCUUUACCCUUAGUUUGACAGCUUGGAUAAAUACAAUCAAGUUACAACAGCGUAGCUGGGAGUUUUGUCUGAGGAGCGGGAGGUGCGGCAAGGAAAGCUGCCUGAUUUCACAAGCAGGUUGGCAGCCUCCAGAAGAGAUGCAGGCAGGAGUUUUGACCAUUUUUAGAUUUGCCCAUGCUGUGGAUAAACUGCUUUAAAUCAGGCUGUGUGGACAUUACAUGUGCACACAAGCAGCUUCAAUGAGCCCUCUAGCAGGACACGUGCCUGCUCACACUUGGCCUGAGGUGAGUGCUGGGCUCAGGCCACCAAAGUCAUGGGGGCCCACCCUCUGUCUCCCUCCCUCCCACACCCCACAGAAGCGCUGCCAUCAGGCCUUAAAACACCUUUAAACCCCAUUAUUUUAAAGGUGCUUUAUGAUGCACAGCUGCCUGGCAGAGCUGGAGCUCUGUGGAGGUGCCAUGUCACACUGGAUGGGACCAAAAUUGGGAAGAAACCUGACAGCAAGCUGAGUAUUUAAAGCCAACUGGUCCCAAGACAGGCAAGGGGACAUUCAUGCAGUUUUGUGUGUAAAAUUUCUGUUCUGAAUCACAACUAUUUUGUGCUAUGAAAAUUUUAUAAAUUAUAAAUUCUUGGAUUUCUGAAGUAUGUGCACAGGUAUUUUUAUCUUUUAUGGCAUUCACCUGCAUGUGAUUCAUGCAAUACAUGUACUUGGUUCAAAUU